AUUUUUGGAGCGCCCAAGAAGGCGGAUGUAAGCGAUGACGGUGAGUUGCGGGCUCGUCAAGAGGCUGACCGCAAGGCUAAUGCGGAGGCAGCUGAACUGGCUCGUGCAGCGGCCGCCCGCCGUAAGCAAGAAGAGGCCGAACGACUUGCGAAGGAAGCCAAAUCUGGACCCGCUUCGACCAAUGAAUCAAAUGCAGCAAACACUGAAGCUGAUCGCCAGGCCAAGGAGGAAGCUGAUCGUCAAGCCAAGGAGGAAGCUGAUCGUCAAGCGAAGGAGGAAGCGGAUCGCCAGGCCAAGGAGGAAGCUGAUCGUCAAGCGAAGGAGGAGGCUGAUCGUCAAGCGAAGGAGGAAGCCGAUCGUCGCGCCAAGGAGGAAGCUGAUCGUCAAGCGAAGGAGGAAGCGGAUCGCCAGGCCAAGGCGGAAGCGGAUCGCCAGGCCAAGGCGGAAGCUGAUCGUCAAGCGAAGGAGGAAGCGGAUCGCCAGGCCAAGGAGGAAGCUGAUCGUCAAGCGAAGGAGGAGGCUGAUCGUCAAGCGAAGGAGGAAGCCGAUCGUCGCGCCAAGGAGGAAGCUGAUCGUCAAGCGAAGGAGGAAGCGGAUCGCCAGGCCAAGGCGGAAGCGGAUCGCCAGGCCAAGGCGGAAGCUGAUCGUCAAGCGAAGGAGGAAGCGGAUCGCCAGGCCAAGGCGGAAGCCGACCGCCAAGCCAAGGAGGAAGCCGACCGCCAGGCUAAGGAGGAAGCCGACCGUCGCGCCAAGGAGGAAGCCGACCGUCGUGCCAAGGAGGAAGCCGACCGCCAGGCUAAGGAGGAAGCCGACCGUCGCGCCAAGGAGGAAGCCGACCGUCGUGCCAAGGAGGAAGCCGACCGCCAGGCUAAGGAGGAAGCCGACCGUCGUGCCAAGGAGGAAGCCGACCGCCAAGCGAAGGAGGAGGCUGACCGCCAAGCCAAGGAGGAAGCCGACCGCCAAGCCAAGGAGGAAGCCGACCGUCGUGCCAAGGAGGAAGCUGAUCGUC